UUAAAGCUAUUUGUCUGUUAAAAACAAUGCCAGACAAUUCGGCCCAACACUUACGGUUGUCUUAUUUGCAAGACAAAAAGAUUCAGUGUCUUGGAAACUAAUCUUGUAAAUUAAACUCAUAAAAGUCAGAAAGUGUGAGACGUUUUCUGCCUCAUUAUCUGCCACAUUAUCUUAUUUUGUUCUUUACAAAUUGUCUGACAAAUAUAACAGAUUUGUGGCUGUUUUAUUACAUUUCUCCUGUCUUUUUUAAUGUGAUGAAAAUAGUGUUUCCUUUCUUGUGUUUGCUUGUAUUUUACGGUGUCUUCCACCACACACGUACACUCACAGCUCUUUGGCAUCGUCGCUGAAUUGCCCUUGACUCGUAAUGACUUUUCUUUUCGCCUGACUGACUGGGAUUCCCGCACCAGUAAAGAUUUUAAAAUGUCCAGACAAAGGAUGUAGACAACAAAGAGAGCCGGCCCUGUACUGUUGCUCCUCUUUACAUGGUUACCAGACUUGUUGUUGCUCCCUGUAGUAAGAAACAGUUGUAAGAUGUUUACUGAGAGGACAUGGCAGCAGUAGGCGGUAACAUACGUGUUACCUUGGACUCCCCUCAGUUCCCCCUAUUCAUGUGCGGAAUCUCAUUGUUGGCGGGGACAUCAUUCAAGCUGGUGUUUUAAGGCCGGAGGGAGGCUCCCAGUUCAUUAGAGCUGUGUAUCGAGGGUUGGAGUAGGAGAGGGGUACUACGUCUUGUGGUGACAGGACAGCGAGCGGUGGUGAAUAGUCCCAAGAAGAUUCACAGAGAGGGCCAAAAAGGUAGCGGAGUGGCUGAGCUAAGAGAAAACCAGAGGGAGAGUCGUUGGAAGAUGGCACCUGCCAGUUUGGUUUUUGCCUGGUUACUGUUCACCAUGAGGAUGGUCACCUCGGCAGAGUUUCUGCAGCCUGAGGAGGAGGAGGAGCUCAAUGAAACUGUCAUUUGUACCAACGACCAUAUGGAGGUCGUUAUUCCCAGUGCUUUCUUCCUCAACAAACUGCCUCCAGUUUAUGUUUGGGAUUUGCAUCUAAAUGAUCCGGAUUGCCGCGGCGUCGAGGUCGGAGACGACUACGUUUUCAGCAUAAAGACGAACCUCUCUGACUGUGGAACAAUAAUGACCUCAGAUGAAACACACAUCAUGUUCAUAAACACGAUACACAACAACGACUCAGACGUUAUAACGAGAAACUAUAUCAACAUCACAUUUGUCUGCCGCUACCCCAUCAACUACCUGGUCCAACAGCCCAAUGGUGAAAACAUGAUCAGAGUGGACGUCAGAACCAUCACUCUGAACACAGAGGAUGGGAACUUCUCGGUGUCCAUGUUACUGUACAAAGAUGACGCCUUUGAGGACAGAUGGACCACCGUGCCGUCACUGACGCUGGAUGACAACAUCUUUGUCAAAGUUUUCAUGAUACCGGCUCACCUGAUGCUGCGUAUGGAGAGAUGCUGGGCGACGCCAACCAGCGAUCCGUACAGCAAUAUUCAGUACACCUUCAUCCGUGACAGCUGCCCGGUGUUGUCAAACGAACAGACCCUGAGCGUCCUGAAGAACGGCCAGGGCCCGGAGGCCACGUUCAGGAUACAAAUGUUCAAGUUUGUCGGCAGCUCGUACACCAACGUCUUCCUCCACUGCAACGUCCAGAUCUGCCACAACACCCCGGGGCUCUGCCAGCCUAACUGUUCCAGUGAAGGUGAAGAUGAACUAAUCAGGAUACGGAGAGACAUCCCUCUGUCCCAUACUGUGUCUUAUGGACCAAUCAGACGACUACUAAACGACAGUGAAAAGCCCGAUCUGAAUGCAGGCGGAGUCCCUCAUGUGGAGACCUUUGUCCUCGGGGGGCUGCUGGUCGUCUUGGUGCUGAUCACAGGAGUGUUUGGGAGGCUGUGGCUUCGCUCCAGACGGUUCUACCCGGCGCGGGAGGCUCAGCUCACCCUGUCCAACAUUCACCACAUCUCAGAGGUGGCCUCGUGAAUCAGGGGAUCAGGGACCUUUUUGAGCAAAGAAAUGGACACAUAAAUAUGUACAAAUACAAACACACAUGUACAGGUGUGAUUUAUGAUAAUAAUGAAGGCUUUGCAUAUGUUUCUCUUUAUAGAAUGAAUUUCUUUAAUUGUAAGAAAUCAGCUUAAUAAAAGGUCUCCCUCAAGUGUUGUCUCCUAUUAAAAGACCAAAACCAAC